AUGGCUCCAAUUACCAAGAAGACUGAAAAAGCUACCAGAACUUUCGUUGUUGACUGUGCAACCCCAACUGAAAACGGUGUUUUCGACCCAGAAUCCUACGUCAAGUACUUAGUCGAACACAUUAAGGUUGAUGGCCAUCUUGGUAACUUAGGUGACUUAAUCUCUGUCUCUGCAGAAGGUUCUAAGGUUGUCGUUGUUUCCUCUACCAAGUUCUCCGGUAAGUACUUGAAGUACUUAACUAAGAGAUACUUGAAGAAGAACCAAAUCAGAGAUUGGAUCAGAUUCAUCUCCGUCAAGAAGAACGAAUACAAGUUGAACUUCUACUCUACUUCUGUUGAUGAAGAAGAAGACGAAGAAUAA